CUUGAACUUCAACUUCAACUUUUACACAUCCCGUUAUACAACUCGCCUCUAACUCGAUACCCUAAACUUAAGAUUGCCAACCAUGGCUGCACACAUAACCUCACCUAAUGAGCCGUUCCCGCGACCCGAACAUAUCGCACAAGCUACAACCUCGCAUCGACAAGGCAACUUCGUCAUCUCCUCGCGCAAGCUACCCAUCUCUAAGGCAGGCCCUAUCGACGCCAUGGAACGAUCCCUCGGAAUUCCCGUACCGGAAAUGAUAUUCGGAGACAACGUAGUCGCUAUACGGCAUGCGCCUACGGGAUGGGGUAUCGAGUUCAACGCGUACGAUGCUCUAGAUGCCGUCGACAAGACCGAUCGCCAUAUGUUACAGGUCGCGUACGCCAAGAGCUGGAGCGCGAGCAGGGAGCAGACAAGUGCGGGGAUUAAGGACGUAGUUAAGCCGUAUGAUUGGAGCUAUAGCACCACGUAUAAGGGCACCAUUAUAUCAGGGAUAGCGUCGAAAUUUCCGCCGCCGCCGCCGCCUCCUGGUUCUAGUAUAGAUGCUCAUACAACCACUGCCGUAGCCAAAACCACAGCUCCAGCUCCAGCUCCGUCAGAUCCCGCAAUCAAUGAGAGCGCAAGCUCCGAAGCAACCCAAGAAAAAGAGCCGGAGAGCCAAAGCAAGCUAUCCUUCAUUCCCUCAACUAAGCCUAUACCCCUCGAGCUUCUCAAACGCCGGGAUCCAAUCCUGUUCUUUGACGAGGUGAUGCUGUACGAAAGCGAGUUAGACGACAAUGGCAUCAGCGUUUUGAGUGUCAAGGUCCGCGUCCAUGAACAGCGCAUGCUACUUCUAGCCCGCCUAUUCAUGCGUCUGGAUAACGUUCUCAUGCGCAUCCGAGAUACCCGCGUCUACGUCGAUUUCGCGGCCGAGGAGGUCACGCGCGAGUACACUAUUAAGGAGGCUGGGUUUGGGGAUGUUAAAAGGAAACUCCUUAUGACGGGGUUAGUUCCCGAUGCUAUAACGGUGGCAAUGCGUGAUGCGAACACGAUCGCCGAUUUGCUUCCCACCGUCGAGCAGACCUUGGAGCGUGUUUCACUAAAAUCAUGAAGAAAAUUAAAGUAGAGGAUACAUCAUUUACCAGUAGUGUAGGAUUGGGGGGCGAUUGGCUGACAGGCCAAUUGACGAAUUCUGAGAUAUGCAUGGAUUGGCGUUUAAUAGGUGCGCGUGAUUAGAACCCGGUCCUUUGCAGCGUCAGUUUGCGGGUAGACGCGCUGGUCUAUUGGGAUGGUCAUCGGCUCC